ACCUAACACGACCCGGAAACGAAUACCCUCACAGUUCACAGGUACCUUUCGGACUUCCCUUUUUGGUGCAACCGUUCGUCCUCUUCCUCAAUCCUCCUCCUCCUCUGUCGCCCUUUCUCACACACCGCUCCUUUACAGUUCACACAUUGUACCAUCUCACUGUAGCAAAUCUUUCUCUCUCUCGUGAGCUGCGUGGGACAUUCCCUGUCAUCGAAUGGCCUUGCAAAACGAAACCACACAAGCUACUCCAACUGCCCAGGUUGUUGGGAAUGCUUUUGUUGAGCAGUAUUACCAUAUUCUUCACCGCUCUCCAGAGUUGGUUUACAAAUUUUAUCAGGAUUCAAGUGUGGUAAGCCGGCCCGAUCCCCAUGGUGCUAUGACAUCAGUGACCACUAUGCAAGGUAUCAAUGAGAAAAUUCUUUCCUUGAAUUACACAGACUUCAAGGCAGAGAUAAAAACAGCAGAUGCUCAGAAGUCUUAUAUGGAAGGCGUGUCUGUGCUUGUAACUGGAUGCUUAACUGGCAAGGAUAACUUGAGACUGAAAUUUGCGCAGUCCUUUUUUCUUGCUCCACAAGACAAUGGUUUCUUUGUCCUGAACGAUGUCUUUAGAUAUCUAGAAGACAGCGAACCUUUGGAGACUCAGUCAGUUAAUCACACUGAUAAUGUUCACACAUUGCCUACAAUCUCAGCUCUGGACCCUGCCUCUGUUCCUGAUCCUCCUGCACCAGACCCAGCAACUUCUAUUCUGGAUGAAGAUAGAAAUAUUGCUGAGGAAGCCUAUGACCCAUCUGAGCAUGAAAUACAGGUAGCUACUGAAGAUGAGGCUGGCGUGGAUUUCCAGCCUGAUUCAAAUGGAAAUUAUGCUGCUGCGGUUGUUGAAACUCCUUCAGCUCAAGAGGAUGCUCCGAAGAAAUCUUAUGCAUCAAUUGUGAAAGUAGCGAAAGGGGGUUUGGGCACUACAAAAAUUUAUGUUCCUACUAAUACUGCUAAAGUGGCUCCUAAGAAAGCAAAAAAUCUGUCGGUGGUACCCGUAGUACCUGCUCCAGAGGGUGAACCUUAUGCCCCGAUUAACUCUGAUAAUCCCGAAAGUAGCAAUGCUCAUGAGGAGGUUGAGGACCACUCCAUCUACAUACGAAAUUUGCCCUUCAAUAUGACAGCUGCUCAACUGGAGGUAGAGUUUAAGAAAUUUGGUCCGAUCAAGGAUGGAGGUGUCCAAGUCAGAAAUAAUAGGCCGGAGGGAUACUGUUUCGGAUUUGUUGAAUUUCAUUCUUUAAGUUCCAUGAAUGACGCAAUCCAGGCUUCCCCUUUCAACAUCGGCGGUCGUAAAGCUUUCGUGGAGAAGAAGAAAGGUGGUGGAAGAGGUAGGUUUCCUUCAGGAAGGGGUGGUGGGUUUCGAAAUGACAGUUUCAGGGCACGUGGGACCUAUGGUUCUAACCGUAGUUUUGGCCGGAAUGAGUUUGGAAACCGCAACGAAUUUUCGGGCCGAAGCAGGGGCUCAGGUGGUCGUGGUGAAGGUUACCCGGGAAGAGGAAGAGGUGGUCGAUCGGGCGGACCUAAGCAGAAUGCUGCUGCUACUACUACAUGAUGCAAGGCAUUUUAGAUUCUUCAGCGGCAAUUUUGUUUUUUUGGUAAAUUCUCAGAACUUGGAAUUAUUAAUUGCUUCGUCGAUUCACAGGAAAUCAGGCUUUCGGAUGCCGUCAUGGAUUAAUAUUAGAUAGGCAUCUUUUUUUUCCCUUUAAAAAAAUUCUUUAAUCGAGAAUCACGAGUAGUUCAAUGGCAUUUAUAUGUGUGAAUAUCUCAUAGAAAUCACGAGUUUAAGUUUUCCCGUCCUCUUUUGUGUAAUUAAAAUAAAUCUUUAUCUGCUAGGUUUUCUAUCAACUCUUUAUCUAUUCGAUCAAUCACAAUAGUUGUUUUUUUGUUGGGAGAGUAA